AUGCUCCGGAAUGGCGUCAAGCCGCAGUUCGUGGGAACGGACGAAGCGGACGCGAAAAAGCGGGAGCAGGUCGAGUCGAUGCUCGCCCGGGCAGUGGGGACAGCAGAAGUGGACGCAAUGUUGUCGGGUCAGGUUCCCCACCCGGUAGAGUUCGACAACCACCGGUCUUUCUACGAUAACAGCGAGUUCGCCGUUGGGGAAGUGGUAAAAAUGGUGGUCAACGGGACGCUCGAAGUUUACGGCCCCGGCGCCGGCAAACCGAAGGUGGUUAACCCGUUGGGGGUGGUUAACUUGCCGAAGGGGCGGCUGGUGGUUAACGCCCGAUACGUUAACCUCUUCUCAAAACGCCAGGCGUUCAAGUACGAAACCCUGAGAGAGGUGCUCACCUUUCUCACAGAGCAGGGCUUCUUCACGACCUGGGACUUCAAGGCCGGAUACUACCACCUCCUCAUCCACCCGGCCUUCCGAAAGUACUUCGGCAUCAAGCUUGCAGUUGAAGCGGGCUCAGACGCAUCGGAAUCGGGGUUCGGGGGUACAAUCAAGAUCCCAGGAAAGGAAAAAUUGACGGUAGCCGGGGCCCUCUCCGACGAGGAGAAGCGCAUGUCCAGCACCGCGCGCGAGAUGGUCGCGUUUCUCCGGGUGCUGUCAGAGGCGCGCGCGCGCGCGGGGAACGCGCUCAAGGGUUCGGCGGUCCUCCUUUUGGGAGACAACCAGGGUGCUGUAAGGGCUGUGAACGCCAUGAACAGCCGGGCGCCGGACGUGAACGAGGCGUUGAGGCAGCUCUUCGAGCUGUGCGUCGAGGCGGAUUUUGACGUCAUCGCCCAAUGGCGGCCGCGGGCGGAGAUGCAGGAAGAAGACGAUUUGAGCAAGCAUCAGGACAGCUCAGAUUGGGGGCUUGGGGAAACGGAGGUGCGCAAGGUCCUGAUCCACUUCGGGGUAAAGCCGGCGAUCGACCUAUUCGCUUCGGAAACGUGGCAUAUCACGGAGCGGUUCGUGAGCCUGCACUUGGCGCCGGUGGGCCUGGCAGCAGACGCUAUGCGGUCCGACUGGAGCGAGCUGCUGGCGCCGGGCGACGUGGCAUGGGUCUUUCCCCCCGUGCGGCUGCUGAGUGACGUCAUCCAGUCGGUUCGGCGGUUCCGGACGGACUGCAUCCUCGUCGUACCAGAAGCGCCGGCCACCAACUGGUGGAUGGCGCUCCAGAACAUUGGCGCGGAGGCCUGCUUGUCGGGCCCAUUGGAGUUGCCGCGCAGCGCAAGCAUUUGUGCGCCCAGUUUCAGAGUUUCACAAGGAACUGUAAACCCAGCGAUGUACAAGCUGAGAGCAUUCGGCAUCAGGCACGCACUGGAGAUCGGCCCGGGAGAGAAGCCUGUUCGCUGGCGGUUCUGGGCGCGGAACAGAUACUUCUCGUACCCGUCUCGGAAGGACUUCACAGGUUCCGCCUUUGCAGGAUUCUCGUGCCCGGGGAAACCGAGCAGCGUGUACGUCUUUGACAAGUCCUUAACAACACCCUUCACAGCUGAUGCAGAAGCCACUGUCUGCCCCGUCGACGGCAGAACUGUUCGGCAGUUGCCGCUA